AAACCCAGACGUUGGGCGCGCACCCUGACCCCAAGAUCGCCGCCCCGCGAGCGGCAUCCCUUAAUUCGGCAGCCUAAUCGCGAGGCGAAUAUCAGCGUCCCGCGCCCCCCGCCGCGCCCCCGCGCCACCCCCGCCCCCGCGCCGCGUCCGCACCCAUAUCCCAGACAUGCGCGCGGCGCCGCCGCCGCCCCCCCACCCCCUUUUAUCAUAUGCUGGGCGCGCGCAGGCCGUACGCCGUCGCGCGAAGCAGAACACGCGUCGCCGGUGAUAGUCAACACCCUAGCACGAAAACAAAAAAGAUGGAGUCCCCGCGCCGCAAGAGCGCGCGCAACGAGGCGCCGGCCUGCCCGAUCUGCGGCCGCUGCUUCCCGGCCGACGAGAUCGAGGCCCACGCGGCCGAGUGCGCGGCCCGGGCCUUUGGGGAAGAUGAGCCUGCUCAAGAGCCGCCUCCCGAGGCGCCGCACCCCGACGAGGCCGAGCCUCGGCGAAGAAGGCGCCGGACGGAUCGCGCGCGCGUGCCCGUGAACACGCAGUACGACAAGCACCUGCCUUCUGCCCGGUCGAGGGCCGUUGCUAGAUCCGCCCCAGCACAUGGCCGGACCUGGGCCGUCCCCGGUGGGGAAGCGGCGCAGUUACGAGGCGGUGCGGUCAUUUACGCCGCCGAAUUACCGGAACACUUGCAAGCUCGGGUCGACGCGGCCGACGAUGCUUUGGCAUUGCUCGCUCCCGAGGCCGUGUCCUUCACGAAUAGUAGAGGCGCUUUGGAUAAACGCAAAACAGAAGAGUACAGAAGAAGGGUCCAGGAGGAAGAGUACCAACUGGAAUUAUAUAGAAGCACGAUGGGCGCGUCCAAGAAAGCGGAUGUUCAAGAGCCGCCCGAGCCCCAGCUGUCGCUGCGGAUCGCCUUCGAUUCCGAGGGCACCGCCUCGGCCGUCAAGGUCGAACCGAAGCCGCGGCCCUCCGUCACAAGUCCGCGCGAAGCGGCGGCGGCGGCCCGGGCGCGGCGACGCGGCCGGGACAUCCAGGCCGCGCGCGAGCGGGAACGGCGGCGGCGCGACGUCCGCAAUUCUGCGAGACCGACGUCCAAUGAACAAGCCUUAGAAUAUGUUGGAAGGAUGCGGAAGAUCCUGCCGGAGCGCACCGUGGCUACUUUCGUGGAAUUGUUAAGAGCCUACAAGCGCAAGACGUUUCCUGCCAUGGACGUGGCUGAAAGAGUCGCUUCAUUACUAAAGGGCUACCCCGAGUUAAUCCGGGACUUCGAGCACUUCCUGCCGGCGCGGGACGCGUCCCGUGAUUUCCUGCGGUCGGCGGCGGCGCGGGAUCCUGGUAUUAGCGAGACUGAACCGCCGUCGGAGUACACGCAAAUGUGGUCCGAGCGCGCCGCGGGUUCACAACCGGACUUGACGUUAUUAGCUCACGACGAGGUCGAGGCGCCUCCCAAUGAUCCCGCGGGCGACGCGGCGGCCGCCGCUGUGGCCGCGGAUGCCGGCGCGGAGCCUCCGACGAAGCGUAGGAAGUCCGAGGCCGUGCACGCGACGUGGCGCGCGGCCUGGGCCGACUACAAGGCCGCUACCGAGGGCGAUUCGGACCGGACCCAGGUCGCCGAGGCGGCGCGGCGCGUCGUGGCCGCCUCCCAAGCCAUCGCGCAGGUCCAGGGCUCGGCCGUCGUCUUACCGCCCGAGGUCGCGCCGCCGCCGCCGCCGGCUUUGAUCCAUGGGGCAAACACGAACCCCUGGGCGCCGCCCAUGGGCCACAUCCACGGGCCCGAGGCGACGCCGCCCGUGACACAACAGCCUAUGUUAAACGCCAUCGGCCCGCCGAUGAUGGCCGCCGUCGCUGCGGCGGCGGCAUUGCAGGCCGGCGCCGGGCCGCUACCGUCCCAAGCGACGCCCUGGAAGCUGCCCAUCCCCUCGGUGACGCCCCCGGAGCAGCCGGACUACGAGGCACCGCCCUCGAUCAGCGAGGGCGACGGCGGCUUCUGCGACGGCAAGGGCGACCUGGACGUCGACGCGACGUCCGACGAGGAAGAAAGUGAUGCGGAGCCGGUCUUCGCGGCGCCGGAGCGGUCGUUGGAAGAUCCGGUCGACGGCGCCGGGCCUUUAUUACUGAAGGGCGUGGUUGAAACGGACGACCGCUUGCAGCGGCGCCACGCGCAGCUCGUGGCCCAGGUCACGGGCCGCCGCGCGCCGCCCUACGGAUCCUCCUUGACAGUGGCGCCCCGGCCGCCUCAAAGAGUCGACGAUAUGAGAGUCGGCCGCUGGGUCGAGGUCUGGUGGCCCGGCCCCGGCGCCUGGUAUUUGGGACGCAUCGUCGCCGAGGGGGCCGGCACGCUCAAGAUCGCCUACACGGACGGCCAGACCCACGACCAGAAGUUCCAGGACCACGCCUUCCGGGGCGUCGGCCCGCCGCCGGCCGAGAUGAUGGGCGAGGCCGCGACGUGGCGCUUCGCCAAGGGGCCGGCCCGCGGUCCCGGCCGGCCCGUGGCGCCCGCCGCGGUGCCCAUGGAGGUGUCGGCCUGAGGCGCUCUCCCCCUGCUUUUAUCCUCUCUAAGCUUUACUCUACAU